AUGCGGAGCCCAAACGGUUCUCUCUUACCUCUCACAUCUCAGAUCGCCUCCGACUUCUCCCGAGACCAACAAAGAAUGCUAGCCGACGAGGCUGCAAUUCUUAGAGAUCUCAAUGUAACACAAUUGGCCCUUGACCACUUUAGUUGGGAAGAGGAUGUCGAUGAGUGGAAGAGGAUAUACAAACAGUUCGAUAAGGUGUGGGAAGACACACAAGAGUAUUACAUCAGAACCCAAGCAUGUGGUAUUAUUGUCACAGCGGCAACCGCAAUGACAAAGAUGCUCCGCGUCUUCAGACCCCAACAAUUCAUAGUCGGUGAAGGGUCGCAGUUUACCGAGUUCGUGACUGUCGCUGUCAUUUCGAGGUUUUUUGAUAAUCUUAGGAAGGUUCUCAUCGUUGGGGAUCCGUGCCAAAAAAAGCCCUUUGUGCUCAACCAGAAUUCCGAGUUCGUGGAUACAACUGAAACAAGUCUCAUGGUCAGGCUCUCAAACUCUGGUGUUCCGAUUACUAGACUCCGCGAACAAUUUCGUAUGAAUCCCCACAUUGCUCAGCCCGUCUCUUCCCUUUUCUACGAGGCAACAUUAAUCAACUCACCGAGCGUGCUUUCGAGACCAAAAGACAGGAUUAUGCAAACCUUCCACGGUCAGACUCUACAAGAAUGUGCCAAGCGACACUCCAUCUUUGUCCACGUCAAGAAUUAUGUGCCGUAUCGGCUCGAGAAGACACAAUCAAUGUUAAACCCCUCGCGCCUGGCCAUCGUACACGCGCUGAUAGAUCGGUCAAGGGCCGCUGGUGCCAACGACAGACAAAUCGCCGUAUUGACACCGUAUAAGGGUCAAUCGCGUUUGCUGAGAACCUGGGAGACAGCAGAUCUCACUAUGGCCACAAUUGAUUCGGCGCCGGGCAAAGAGUACGACUUCGUCAUACUCGAUUUGGUAAGCCCCGGUGGAUUCUCUCGUAGGUUACAACAUAAAGAGGUCCGUUCAACAUCGACUGUGUCGCCGUAA